CUUCACACAUCGGCCAUCGGCUAGCCGUAUCCACUUGAUAAAAUUGUUCGUCGUUUUUUCUACCCGCCAGGAUGCAGAUAUGCAAUGUGUGCAGUGAACAGACACCGAAAUACAGAUGUCCAGUUUGCAAAAUAAGAUACUGUUCACUUGGCUGUUACAAGCGGCAUAAAGACACCUGCCUCCCUGUUGAACAGCCCACACCCACUGUACCAGAAGAAAAGAACACCUACAGCACUGAGCCUUGGACUGUUGAGGAUCUUCUGCAUGAAGAUAACAUCAUUGACAAAGUGCCUCUGCAGAGGCUCCAACUGUUAGGUCAGUCAAAAGAGUUAAGAGAUCUUCUCUGCAACCCCCACCUGAGACAGGUAUUGCACUCAAUUGACAGUGAAGACAGCAAAGACGACGCCAUGAGGGCUGCGAUGCAGGAGCCUCUGUUUGUUGAGUUUUCAGAUCAGUGUUUGAAAAUUGUAGAAAAUGAAGAAAAAUCAUUAGCAUCUAAUGAAGAUGAUGAUUUGUAAACCUGUCUGGAUUACUUUGUUUAUCAGAUCACUUUUUGAUGAUAUUUUUUCAGGGGGAAAGUUUUUUGAUAUAAAUAGUCCGCACUGUACCAUGUAUGUUGUAUAGCUGAUUUAAUUUCUGUUGUGCCUUGUCAUGUUAUAGAAUGUACAGUGUAUAGUGUUUAAAUAAAUGUUUACACUUUUACAAACAUCACUUCCUGAGUCAACACUAAAGGAUUUAUAGUAAAAGAGCGGAUCACAGGAGUAGUAAGGAAAACUUGUACAUUAAAGAUUUUAUUUAAGCAAAACAGUCAUUUAAAUAUUAACAAAAUUCAAGUUCUUGUGCAUGGAUUCCUUGGUACGUCUGACAAAAAGAGAUGAAACAAAACAUACUGACCCUGACACAUAUUUAUGCGAAUCUACAGCUGAAUACAGUUAAAAAAAAAAGAGGAAAUUAUUCAGUGAGCUGAUGAAGACAUGUCAGGACUCAAAAGAGCUGAACCUGUGCGUGUUGGAUCAAAAACUAGGAGGAUAAACAUUAGUGUUAAGUUACAUACAUCAUGUUUAAUAACAGCUUUGAUGGUAAAAAGAAAAAUGUUAAAACUGUCAUAAAGCUUAACUGCAAUAAUAUAUUUGUUAAAGUUUGUUCUCCUACACAAAAUACUGUAGUGUACAAAGACUUUGGUAUGUUAUACAGUAGUGGCAAUGCUUUGGACUGCAGCUGAUGAAAAUCAACAC